GUUGAAGCAAGGUCAGGGUGUUAACCUUGAUUAGGAAGCAUCAGUCAUUGGGGAUAAGCAAGACUGCAGAGACAGGGAACUUUGGAUAGCUGGAUGUUGUGAUAGAUGAUCUCUUUCAGAGUCAUGAGGGUAAUUCCCAAAUCAUCCAUGGGCAAGUCAGGUAACACCCUCUGAUAGAUAUAAAAUGUCUGUUCCAGAGAUGAUCAAACAGAAGGAAUCUCCAGCCCAGGAAGGAACAUCUCCACAGAAGAGGGGAAAUUGUAGCACUAGAUUUGGAAUUUUGAGGGAAAGGAAUUUUAACUUAAACUAUUCCCUUCUUCUGAAGAACGUAGAGAAACCUGAAAAAGUAGAAAAGUUGGGGAUAUGGCAAGUAAGCUUCAUAAGAAGACUUGGGAUGAAGAUGUAGCAGAUUUAUUUCAUGAUUCUGAACCAGAUCCAGAAAUAAGGCCUUCAGUAGAAGCUUCUCCCCGGUUGUAUAAACUUUGGGAUCUUAAUCAGAAAUACUUAUUUUUGGUGGAGAACACGUUAGUGGCAGAUGUAAAAACUUCUAAUUUACCAGAGCAGUUAAUUGCCGUGCUUCCUAAUAAAGCUCUAGAUACAGCACAAAAACCCAUAUUUAUGGGCCCUGAAAAUAAGAAGAGCUGCUUGUCUUGUGUUAAGUCUGGGAAUGGCCAAUAUCAGAUAGAGUUAAAAGAGAAAGAUAUUAUGGAUCUUUAUAGGGAUCCAAAAAACACCAAAGCUUUCACUUUUUAUAGUAAGAGUGCAGACAACGCUGAUACCUGCUCUUUUGAAUCUGCAGAGUUUCCGGGUUGGUUCCUCAGCACUUCUUUAGAAGCAAAAAAGCCUAUUGGUUUGAGUCAAAAAGAAGGACCUCAAAACAUCCUGUUUUACUUUGAAAGAAAAUCAUGAGUCAGAAACACUAUCCUGCAUCUAUAUUUCUGAUCGAUCUUGUGCAUACAAAUUGGAAUGGAGCCAGAAUGUAUGAUUAGGCCAAUGAGUAGACUUAGAUAGUAUCCUUGUUGCAAUAAAAAAACUUUGGAAGAACUAUGUCAUAUUUGGGGGAAGGUA